AUGGUUCAUGCCGUCUCAACAAUAGGUGGUCGGGUUUUAGAUCCUCGCUUUGCUGAAGUUGAGGAUGUAUUCAGAGAAAAUUUCGCAAUGGGACUGGAGGCAGCAGGAGCCAGUUUUGCAGCUUACCACAAUGGUGAACUCGUGAUAGACUUAUGGGGAGGUCUAGCUAACCGAGAUAGUGGUGAACCUUGGACAGAAGACACAAUGUCAGUACUUUUCUCAACUACAAAGAGUUUAUCUGCUACAGUAUUGGCCACCAUCAUGGAUCAAGAAGGAAUCUCCUAUGAUCGGAAGGUAGCAGAUUUCUGGCCAGAAUUUGCUCAAAAUGGAAAGGAGAAUAUUACUAUUCAAAAUGUCGUAUUGCAUCAGGCUGGUCUACCGUAUACCAACCAAAUGGUAAGCAGAGAAAAUUUUUCCGAUAGGCGAUGGAUGAGCUCCUACUUUGAACGAGCUACACCGGUCUGGAAACCAGGGCAACAACAAGGUUACCACGCUUUAACCUUUGGCAUCCUCGUAGAUCAAAUUGUGCAACGAAUUGAUUCGAAGAAGCGAAGUCUCAAUGACAUUUUCAAGGACCUGACGCAAAAAUACGACAUCCAAGACCUAUCUAUUGGCCUAAAAUCUGCCCAAGACAACGAACGUGUCGCCCUCACGCAGUAUCCGGGUGAAAUGCAGAUCGAAGCUGAAGGACGACGGGAUCCCGAAGCGUUGCGACGAUGGAAUGCCGGAGAAAAUGAACACAAUAAGCGCCUUUACGAAACAUGGCCCUGGAUCAACACCGACGACUACAACAUCCUCGAAAAUCGAUUGCUACCGAUGCCAUCGAAUAUGGGCAUAGGAACCGCAAGAUCACUGGCGCAGUUCCAUUCUCUUCUGGCUGAACGCAAACUUCUGAGCGAUGGAUUUUACAAACAUUUCGAGCAGCCCGUUUUGGAAAAUGGUUAUGACUGUGUGCUAGGCUAUGAGGAGAGCAAGGGAUUCGGCUUCCAGUUCACAAAAAAUCCGAAGGCGGGAUUAGAAAGUUUUUUUUUGGUUAUUUGGUAUCUCGCUCCCGAAAAUUCUAUAUUAGAUUUUGCUGGAAAGUUUUCGGUAAAGUUAUCUUCAGUAGUGCUGGUAGAUCCUUUGAUAACGUUACUAGACAAGUUUUGA